AAUUUUUAUGCGACUGAAAAAGUUGAAAUUGAAACUCCGCCCAUCUCUUCAUCUUAUUCCAUAUUCCUUCCGACCUCCCUCCUCCCUUCCUCCUUCCGCCUGUCAUGUCCAAUUUUGUUCAAGGGCUUCACGACCUUCUCCAGCAGGCUACUGCCGGAGACACAAAUCUAUUGAAAUCCGCGACGGCCCAGCUCAACCUUGAGUACUACAAAAACCCGGCAUGCAUCCCCGCCCUCGCUUCGAUCAUGUCCAGCGCCGCGACCCAACCUGUCCGCCAGCUCGCUGCCGUUGAGAUGCGAAAGCGGGUCAGCCAAAACAGCAGUGCUCUGUGGACCCAGCUCGGACAAUCGGACCGAUCUCACCUUGUUCGACACUCUGUCGCUCGUGUCAUUGCUGCCAUCGCUAACAUCGAGAUCCCGCUCGGUACAUGGCCCGAACUCCUGGGCUUCCUCACCCACCUGUGUCUCCCAGCAAGUGCUGCAACGGGAAUCGGCAUCUUCAUGCUUUACACGUUCUUCACAUUAUUCUCACAACUUCUCGCGGAUCCCGAGAGCAUCGAGGUCCGGAUCACCACUGUUCGGGCUUUGGGCGUGAUCGCGAGCUACAUUGACGUUGAGGACAAGGCCGAAGUGUCAGUCCUCCAUCCCCAAAUACUCGCACUCCCAACUGACGGGUACUACAGCAGCAAGAAGUCCAAGAUCCAGUCCAACAACCUUGCCGGUGCCAUCCUGCAAGGUCUCAUGCCAUCACCACGGAGGCCGAGCCCGAAGACAUCGACGACGAUGCUCCUUCUCGGUCUGCCUCUCCGUAUCAUUGACGGCCUAGCACUGGCCUCCCCCCUUCGCAAGUUUUCCCUCCCUCCGAAACCUUAUCACCGAAUACUUCUCCUCUCCCGAUCCAACAACCGUCGUGGGUGCCAUGCUCGCUCUCGGAAUUGUGUCUGA